ACUUGGGAGUCAAAACUGAGAACAACUUGGCUCACCAGAACUAAGCAGCGGGCUCUGUUUUCUAGGGUUUAUUUGUCUCUGCCAAAGAGCCCUUCCGGAUCUCGAAUCUCUCUCUACGGCUUCUCUUUCUCGAGCCUCUCCGCCAAUGCAGUUUGACCAACUUCAAGACUCCCCCCCGCGUUCGCGUUUGCGUUCGAAGUGACUUUGAGAUUCGCAGCGCGCUCUCCGGCAAUUUCGAGGGAUUUGCUGCUUGUUCACUUCAUUUUUUUAUUUCGAGUUUUUGUGAUUUCGAGUUGUGUUGAUUGGUUGGGGAUUCAUAAGGGUAGUCCGAGUUUCGGAUACCGAAAAUUUGAUUUCGAAAGCAAGGGUUUUCAGCUCGCAGAAGUGGAAUCGUGUGGGUUCUGUGAUAAUUUUCGGAGUUGAGACUAGUUUUUGAUCUGGACUUGUUUGUAUUUAGCGUAAAUUUAGAACUGAUACGCAUCUCAAUGCAUUUAUAUUUGCAUUGCGUGGUCGGACUCACGCUUAAUUCGGCGUAAGCAAGUAGGGUUUUUUUGGACUGCAUGCGUGGUUUUUGUGUGUGGUUUUACUGAAAGAGAGUGUUCAUCCCGGUAAUGGCGCUCAAGGUUUCACCUUCUGAAGCUGCUAAUAUAGCAAUUCAGUCAAUUGGGCGUGGAUAUGACAUUUCAUUAGAUCUGAGGCUGAAGUGCUGCAAGGGGGAUUCGCGCUUGAUUGAAAUUGAUGAGGAUCACGGGAGGGAGAUUAUUCUUCCAGGUUCGAUUUCAAUCCCAAACGUGUCAAAAUCAAUAAGAUGUGAUAAAGGUGAACGAACAAGGUUUCGGUCCGAUGUUCUUUCAUUCCAGCAGAUGUCAGAACAAUUCAACCAGGAAAUAUCUUUGACUGGGAAAAUUCCAUCAGGCCUCUUCAACUCCAUGUUUGAAUUCUCAGGUUGUUGGCAGAAAGAUGCAACUCACACUAAAACCCUUGCUUUUGACGGAGUGUUCAUCACUCUUUACACAGUUGCACUAGAAAAAUCUCAGAUGAUGCUGUGUGAUCGUGUAAAGAAAGCUGUUCCACCAUCGUGGGAACCUGCUGCAUUGUCAAGGUUCAUUGAAAAUUUUGGGACUCAUAUUAUUGUUGGUGUGAAAAUGGGAGGGAAGGAUGUAAUUUAUAUGAAGCAACAGCAUUCAUCAGCACUUCAACCUGCUGAUGUGCAGAAAAGGUUAAAGAAGAUGGCAGACAAGAGAUUUUUAGAUGCAAAUGAACAAUUUAACAUGGAUUCUGGACGGGUUUAUCAGAGCGACAAGUAUGAAAUCAGGGAGCAGAGGUUGAGGUUUGUGGAUAUGAGCCCAUCAAGUUCUUGUUCACGCAAGGAGGAUAUUGUGAGCAUUUGUAAGAGGAGAGGUGGAAGUGAUAAUAGAAAUCUAUCACACAAUGAGUGGUUGCAGACAGUACAACUCGAACCUGAUGUGAUCUCAAUGUCCUUUAUCCCAAUAACCUCUCUGUUGAAUGGUGUCUCUGGCAGUGGGUUUUUGAGCCACGCCAUAAACCUUUAUUUACGCUAUAAGCCACCAAUUGAAGAACUGCAUCAAUUUUUGGAAUUUCAACUGCCACGGCAAUGGGCACCGGUGUUUAGUGAACUUCCGCUUGCUCCUCAGCGGAAGCAACAAACUACAGCAUCAUUGCAGUUCAGCUUCAUGGGUCCCAAGCUUUACGUGAAUACCACACCAGUUGAUGUGGGUAAAAGGCCUGUGACUGGCCUUCGGCUGUACCUAGAAGGGAAAAGAAGCAAUCGCUUAGCCAUACACUUGCAGCAUCUCUCCUCCCUACCAAACAUAAUCAAGCUUGUAGAUGAUCCAAAUGGAAACUUCCGCAGGGAGUCCUAUGAUCGUAAAUACUAUGAGAAAGUUCAAUGGAAGAACUUCUCACAUGUCUGCACUGCACCAGUUGAGUCUGAUGAGGAUCUUUCCAUAGUAACUGGAGCUCAAUUACAGGUAGGGGAUUAUGGCCUCAGAAAAGUUCUUUUCUUGCGACUUCGCUUCUCAACUGUUGUGGGAGCUGUGUUGGUGAAGCACCCAGAAUGGGCUGGGUCACCAGGUUUGACUCGUAAGUCGGGACUUAUAUCAACCCUAAUUAGUCAUCAUUUCACGACAACAUUUGUGAAGCCACCUCCACACCCUGCUGAAGUGAACAUUAACUCUGCCGUUUACCCUGGGGGCCCUCCGGUUCCUGUACAAGCACCAAAACUACUGAAGUUUGUCGACACCACAGAAAUGACGAGAGGACCACAGGAAACACCUGGCUAUUGGGUCGUUACCGGUGCCAGCCUCCUUGUUGAGAAGGGAAAGAUCUCCCUCCGGGUUAAAUAUUCUCUUUUGACCGUAAUUGUACCUGAUGAUGAAGUCCCAGAAGAGCAGUAAGGAAGAAGUCCUCUUUUUGUCUUCCUCAGAACUGGAAUAGUGAAACUUCUGAUCAAACCAGCAAAAGCUUUUGGGGUGUGGAAGCUGCAUUUUGUCGUAGAUCCCCCUUUUGGAAUUGAAAUGCAUGUCACGCCAAAAUGAAAGGCAGCUCGAAGUUGUAGUUGUCUCGACGUCAAAAGAUCAGAGAGAGCUAUAACAGUGAUUGUAUUUGAAGUUUUAGUUUGAUCUCUCUUUGUUUCUCGUUUGGUGUAAUUCUUACUGCGUCCUGUCAAUGGGUUCCCCCUUUGUGUAAUAUAAUUACUAGGGUUUGACACCCAUUUGAUC